CGGGCUCAGUAUUUGUUCAGUAUCGGUUUUCCAGUUUUUACGAGUACACGUAGAGGGUUGAAAAUCCGUGGGUUAAACGGUUUAAAUCGUUUAUAAGAGACUGUACCGUAGACGGUGUGUUCACCGAGACGUGAUCCGUCCACUUCGACCCCUCUUCAGACAUGUUGGUGGAGUACGCGGUUAAGUGGGCAUGGAGGGUGCUCGGCGGAUCACCGGAGAAUGUUAUGUUCACACUUGUCGUGUUCGCCGGAGUGUUCGCGAUCGUCAGACUGGCCCAGUGGCUAAAGUUCGCCCGUUCUUUGCCGCCGGGGCCAUGGGGCCUUCCUGUCGUUGGAUACCUGCCCUUUCUCAAGGGUGACAUCCAUCUCCACUUCGGGCAGCUCGCCAAGAAGUACGGAUCCAUGUUCAGCGCCAGACUCGGUUCCCAGCUCGUCGUUGUGCUCAGCGAUUACAGGGCUAUUCGCGACACUUUUAGACGCGAGGAAUUCAACGGCAGACCCCACAACGAAUUCAUGAACAUCCUGGGCGGAUACGGUAUCGUAAACUCCGAGGGAGCGAUGUGGAAAGAACAGCGAAGGUUCCUCCACGACAACCUCAGGAGUUUAGGAAUGACGUAUCUCGGCGCCGGGAAAAAGAUGAUGGAGUCAAAGAUAAUGAAAGAAGUUCAAUCCUUCCUCCGUUUGCUGUCGGUGCAACAAGGCGCCCCAACGAACAUAUCAAUGUCGCUCGGAAUGUCGAUAAGCAACGUGAUAUGCUCGAUAAUAAUGGGGGUGCGGUUCCACCACGGCGACAGCCGGUUCAAACGGUUCAUGAGCCUGAUCGAAGAGGGCUUCAGGUUGUUCGGCAGCAUGGUGGCGGUGAACUUCAUUCCGGUGAUCCGUUUCCUCCCGGGCAUCCAAAAGAUCCGCGACAAGAUAAGGGAGAACCGUUCCGAGAUGGCGACCUUCUUCCAAGAGACGGUAGACCAGCACCGCGCGACCUUCGACGAGGGUAACAUCCGCGACCUAGUCGACGCGUACCUCCUCGAGAUCCAGAAGGCCAAGAGCGAGGGUCGGGACGCGCAGCUCUUCCAAGGAAUGAAUCACGACCGCCAGAUGCAGCAGAUCCUUGGUGACCUCUUCUCAGCGGGUAUGGAGACCAUAAAAACGACACUCGAAUGGGCGGUAGUGUUGAUGCUCCACCACCCUGAGGCGAUCCGAGCUGUGCAAGAAGAGCUCGACCACGUGGUCGGUCGUUCGCGAAUGCCGGCUCUCGAGGACGUCCCGUUCCUCCCGAUAACAGAGUCGACGAUCCUGGAGGUGCUGCGGAGGUCGAGCAUCGUCCCUCUCGGAACAACGCACGCGACGACAAGGGACGUUAAGCUUAGCGGCUUCACGAUACCGGCUGGUACCCAGAUCGUCCCGCUCCUCCACGCCGUCCACAUGGACCCGGAGCUUUGGGACGAGCCGCAGGCGUUCAGACCGGAGCGUUUCUUGUCAGCGGAGGGUAAGGUGACGAAACCAGAGUACUUCAUACCCUUCGGAGUGGGCCGUCGUAUGUGCUUGGGAGACGUGCUCGCGAGAAUGGAAUUGUUCCUCUUCUUCAGUUCGCUGCUGCACACCUUCGACAUCAGCCUGCCCGAAGGAGCGUCGCUUCCCAGCCUCCGGGGAAACGCCGGGAUCACGGUAACACCCGACCCGUUCAAGGUCUGUCUAAACCAGCGCGCCUUCGAGGGGAUCGACUUCGAAUCCCUCGAAUGGGCGACCGGUUCCUUAAGAAACGUCGGGGGUCACUAAAGCGACCGUUUUGCGGGUCCCGAAAGCACGGUAGUUCCUAACGGGUGAUCCAUCGAUCGAUCGAUCGAUCGAUCGAUCUUGGGCCUUAUUUGACUUUCCGUUUGAUUGGGAAGAGUGUUAGAGAGAGAGAGAGA